AUGCAAGCCCCAACCGCUGCCCUUGAGGCGGCCACCGCGGAGCUCCAAAAGAUGCAAAUGGAUAUUGGCCUUCACUGUGGCACAGUGGGGGAUGGGCCUGAGGGAAUCGUCAAUGAAGCAGUCAGUGCUGGUGAAUUUAUGCCAGGGCCUGCCAAAUUCCCAGUGCAGAAGCUUCGUGAAGAGGAACUGCGCUUGUUAAGGACCCGCAGUGAGCUUGGUACCAUUCACUAUGUACCUUCCCCCGUGAAGACCGCUGCUAUCAAGGGCUCUCCCCCAGCUACUGCUGAACCUUUGCUUGAAACACAACCAGACUCCACGGUUCCAGCUGAGUUGAGUCCACCUGUUCCAGCCCCCGCUCCAAUCCAGCCUGACAUUCAGGAGCAGGCCCAUGCCUCUGGUCAAAGGCAGGACUCAGUGAAGCCUCCAAGUGGCGGUGAGGCUGUGUCCCAUGGGGAACCUAAGGAUCCGUCACAUGUACCCCCCGCAGACCAGCCCAAGAGUGACUCCAAGAGUGAAAAGUAUGACAAGUACAAAGAUGGCCUUUUGGCUACCUACUUGGAUGUGGUCGGCAAGAAGGUUGACAAGACAGCAGAAUUGGAGGCUCGAUCCUGGGUUUGUUUCAAUCUUCUGUUGACCAUCAAGCCCGCAGUUGCCCCAAAGUCAAGCUCUGGCAAACGGACUGGUGCCAAGAAAGAGAACAAGACAGAUUCCAAGAAAGAUAAAAAGACAGAUACCAAGAAGGACAAGAAAGAGAAAGUCAAAGAUGAGCCAGAAGAGCCAGAAGAGCCCAAGUCGAAAAAGGACUGGUGGAACAUGACCACUGAUGCUGAGUGGAGACAGGACAAUCCAGAGGAUUGCCCAUCCCCGUUCAAGCCCGAUUGCGAGGAACCAUUGUUUCAGAUGCUCCAGUAUGCGGUGCGUUGCAGCAACUGCUUUUACCGGCUGUUGUACUGGAGAGGUUUGUGGUUAAAACCUCAUGAGUGCAAGUAUGCCGCGUGUGCUGUUCAGGAAAUGACAGAGCAUGUGCACAUCCUGGUGGACAAGUGGCCCGAUAUCGACCUACCACACUCCCGCGUCAUCCGUAAGGUGCGAAGGACCUGUUGGGAGAAGAUUGGGGACCUUGGGAAAGAAGUGGAGUUGGGACUUCUUUGCGAAGAAGCGGGGAUCGAGAUCGUUCCGAGACAAGACGAUCCGCAGACGAUUCGGGCGGAGAUCGGGCAGAUCGACGGCAGGAUCAUCUUAGUGGCCUUGAGGGCCAUUGACUAUGACGAUGGUCCUGAAGAAGCACAAAAGAUGUUUCUCUACUUGACGGAGCAGGUGCUUCCCAGGUUGGAGCCCCACAUGGCCUUGGCCGCGCGCGACGACUGGGCCUUGGACCUGACGGAUCUCAGGAUCUAUCCAUUUCUCCUUGGACUGACUCCACAGCACAACUGCUACGAGAGCGACCUGCGCAUCUUCGUCUACGACCUUCCGCAGCUGACGUUCAUCUUCUCCGACCAGGGCAUGAAUUUCUUCCCAGAAUGGCGAGACUACAUCCCUAACUCGGUCUUCGUGGUCACUGAAGCACUGACACCCCGCUGUGGUCCAAGCUGUUUCAAUCCCUGGAAGGACUUGGUGAUUCCUGGGCACACGGACUUCUUCCGUGCUCGGCGGAUGGCAUCCUUCAACCUGCCCAGUGAGCAACGUAGCCUGCUCUUCAACUUUCAUGGCAGGGACCCCCAGAGCCAAUAA